AUGUCUAAGUCGACGUCCCAGUCUACCGAACUGUAUCUGAGGCAUAGGUUGAAAGGGCUGAAGAUACAUGAAACGUCAGAUCUACUGCAGCACGUCAAGACGUUCGAAGAAUUAGUCGGUGAUAAUCUAGUGUCUGUGGAUUUGAAGAUUGAGGACAAAAAUAAGGACAUGAUCUUGUUGUGUUCUUUGCCCCCCUUGUUGACUGCACUUACGUGUAACCAAAACAACGUUACGACUUCGCUGCGAUUUCCUCAUGAGCGUUGGAUCGAAAUCAUCUCGAAGGAGCCUAGAGCUUUCGUUUACCACAAUUUUUUGAAAAAUGAAGAAUGUGAGCACUUGAUUAGCCUUGCGAAACCUAGUAUGGCGAAGUCAAAAGUGCACGACAAGAUAACUGGACUCGGUAAAGAAAGCAGCGCACGGACGAGUUCAGGAACUUUUCUUAGAAGAGAACAAGACAACAUCGUGAAAAAGAUUGAGGAAAGGAUUUCAGAAUUCACCUUCAUUCCUGUAGAAAAUGGAGAACCGCUUCAAGUUAUCCAUUAUGGAGUUGGGCAAAAAUUUGAGCCUCACUUUGACGGAUUCCAAAGAAUUGCUACUGUUCUUAUGUACCUCUCGGAUGUUGAAGAAGGCGGCGAAACAGUUUUCCCUGCAGCCAAAGGAAACAUUAGUAAAAAAGGACUCUCUGUUAGACCAAAGAAGGGAGACGCUUUACUCUUCUGGAGCAUGAGGCCUGACGGGUCUCAAGACCCUUCGAGCCAACAUGGUGGUUCUCCAGUCAUCAAAGGAAACAAGUGGGCAUCAACUAAAUGGUUUCGCUUUCAUGAGUUUAAAAAUAAUAUAUUUAGCUUUUAGAAGGUUAGCUCUUACCCUCACUUUAGUCAUGGAUUACUUGGAUCGUCUCAAGACUGU